GUAAUACCGAACAAGGAAGUUUAAUUUGGAUUGCAAAUGGCGACGUGUCGUUUACAGUUUAUGUUAUUUACGUUUCCUUAGAAGCUGAGAUGGCGAGUAAACUGUCUAUUCGUAAGGCACAGGUACACAUGCAGGACACGUGUGUGUGGUGUGAUAGUGUACAGGACGUGAACUGGUACUGUAAUGACUGUCAGGAGGCUUUGUGUGACAAAUGUAAGGACGGUCAUAAACGAGGAAAGAAAACAAGGAAUGACGACGUUGUUCCGAUAAAGCAGGCGAACAAAACCGGCCAGGUGGUACUACCUGAGGUUUGUAAGAUACACUCCGGUAAAACACGCGAUCUGUUUUGUACAGAGUGUAACGUCGCCAUCUGUUCAAUGUGUUUUACAACGAAACAUAAACAGCACGCAUUCAAACAUUUUGAAGACGAAAUUAACACCCAGACACAUUACAUGCGUGAGCAGUUGGAAACAUUAAAAUUCAAGUUAGAUCAGCUCAAUGAGAAGUUAUCAAACCGUCGGAAAGAGAGCACAACAUUCAAAGAAAGUGUCGAUAUUAUCUGUAAAGAUGUCAAAGAACAAGGAACAAAGCUGAAGGCAGAAAUAGAUUCUCUAGUGGACAAUGUCCUAGCUGAAUUAUCAUCACUGGUUGCUGAAGAAGACAAACUCCUCCAACAGGAUUGUGAAUAUGAAGAUGAAAAUGUCAAACAAAUAAAGCAGCUGAUCGAAGAAGUGGAGCAGCAGUCGGAAAAUCCAUCAAGUGGAACUUUGUUUGAGCUGACGAGGAGACUUAGGACCACUAUACCGCUUUAUGACGUUACUGGUACAAGUGUACCACCACGUCCAUUUAUCUUUGACACUGGCCAAAUUAAUACAGAACAGUUGAAAAAUAUGAUCGGAUAUGUUCAGAUGGGGAGUAAGAAUGAUUCAACGCCAAUGUAUGAGAAGACCGAAAUCAAUAACCAGCAUCUCCGAAAACUUACUACAUUCCAAACCCCUCCAAACAAGUCCAUAGUGUCCGUAUGUCCAAUAGACGACAUCUAUGCAUGGAUAUCAAUGUAUCGUUAUAUGGACCUGUUCCAAGUCAAUAAAAAUGGAAACGUCACAGAGACUGUGAAGCUUGAUUUUGCACCUUGGAGUUUAGCUUUGACCAACGUUGGACUAUUGAUGACUCGAAAUGAUCAUUCAACAUUGAUACACAAACUGUCUGAGAUCAGACGAGUGACGACCUUUGCCGAUAUCAGUCCAUUAAAGGCCUAUAGUAUCAGUGUUAGUGACACAGACGAGGUGUUCGUUAGUACUGACACUACAACAAUACUGGUUCUGAACAUGUCCGGGGACAAGGUUAGACAGCUCUCGUAUGGACAGGGUGGGAGCCGUAUAGCUAGUUUGACCGGAGGGAAUGUCGCUGUUACCACUGGAGGUGUUAACUGUAAAGAACUGAACAUCAUCAACAAAUCAGGUCAGAUCAUAUACACGUGGAGUGGAAAACAGGCCAGUGGUCAGACGCUAUCCCGGACGAGUCAGAAUAGCAUAGCAUGUGAUAAAUAUGACAGAGUAUUUGUACCAGACUUAGAUACUCAUCAGGUAUACGUCAUCUCACGGAAUGAGAAAAAGGCAAAAUGUAUCCUGAACAGGAAACAUGGAAUACUACAUCCAAUGGCAGUAGGUGUAGACAGGUGUGGACAUGUUUGGAUCGGCUGUAAUGAUGGUACAGUACAUGUAAUACAACUCUAAUCAACCAGGAGAUACAGCUGUAGAUAAACUAUUGAUGGUGGGAUACUUUAAUCCCUGUUCCUUACAAUGACAGUUUAACUAUUUUUGAACUAGGUGUCGACUGUUUCGACUGUUGGGUUUUGUACUUGUACAUAAACACCACUUCAUUUGACCUUUUCUCAUGACGAUUACUUUACCUCCUAAAAUAGCCUGCCCCGUUCUUCUUGUUUGAUUGCUGUCGAUACAAGCCACAGGAACCUGAAAGCGAGUACUUUGGAUGUUCUGUUUUUUAACCAGAUACAUUCGUAUGUAUGUCCUUCUCAUCCGACCAAUCAAUGUCUAGUUUACAUCUUGUCCGUGUCUGAUUAACUCAGAUUGGAAUAAAUUAAUCCUAUUUCGUUACCUUCAUAAUUAAGCUUUUGCUAGAAACUAUACCAUUAAAGAUAUCCAUUUACCUUGCAUUGUCACUAUGCAAUCUUAUCAAACAAAAUAGAAAGUUAUUAUCAUAUAUAUAGAGGUUCCCCAAUGAGUGGAUAUUGUUUAUCAUUUUUAUCCAACUCGAGUUAGUUAAUUUUCUAAUUUUGAAAAGACACGAGCAAUCGUUACGAGAAGGGAAACUUGUUUAUCCCAUAACUUCUUUAUUUACAAAUGUAAGUCUGUCAAGUUCAAAUUCUCCCAACGUAGCAACUACAUUUCGCGAACCAAAUCACUACACGACAAAAUAUAGGUCGUUAUGAACGAAAGCUUAUUGUCUAUUAUAGAUGCAUGACUCAUAUCUUCUGUACUUUAUUUGUAAAUGAUAUUAUUUUACAAAACGAAAUAUUAGUUUGAAAGUCAGUGUGUCGGUGUUAUUCAUUAAUAGGUAACUUCUUUAAAUAACUCCGCUCAAAAUAUUCGAAGAUGACACCGUCAUCGCGAGGUCGAACGUCACUGCUGAAUAUAAGACUAAUCAUUGUCAGAUUCAAUUAUCGGUCCUUUCCUGGAUUUCGUAGGUAUGCUAUUACUGGUUAUUAUGAUGUUAAAUGUUCAUUCUGAGAUUUAUUCAUUCAAGACAUCAUGCAUUUCAACAAAUGAGCAAUAAGCUUAUGCAGUUUACGUUUGUCCGUCUGUUUACACGAAACCUCAUCAGUUUCAGAGACAUAUAUACACAGUUUACUGACAUGAGACAAAUGUUUCAAGAUGAAUUUUACAUUUUUGUGUUUGGGAUAAAUAUAUUCGUAAUAAAGGUAAGUGAAAUGAUAAGAAAGUGUUUAUUCGUUGAUUUGUUUUCUGCUGGUACAACAUCCGUACCGAAUGACACCCAACUAAAAGGGAAGCUGCCUAAAAGUAACAGUUACGUUAGAUGCUGCGACAGUUUCAUUCAAAUGACCAUGAUUAGAACCAGCGAUUUAACCAUUCUGUAUUAUAUUUGUUCAUUGUUUUGAAUUACAUUUCGUACGACUCAAAUUCCACAUUAAUCGCCAUUUCCAUGAGGACACCCCUCUCACCUCUCGCCCAGUUAUGCUAAUGUUGAGCACCGACAACUCCAAAAAACGUGUACAUGCUGAUCUUUUGAAGACGGACAAAAAAAAAAAAAAAAAAAGAAGAAGAAAAAAAAGUAAGGGUAGUAAAAAUAGUCCGUGGUCAAAUGCCAGAGGUUAUGCAAUCAGAUUUGUUUGAGGUCACAAAUGACCAAUCGGAGGCAUAGAAAGUGGUUACACACUGCGGUGUGUAAACAAAAACAAGUACACACUGCUACGAAUUUUAUCACGUGCCAUAUCAGUUGUGAAACAAGCGUAGUUAUGGGAUAAACGUAAUUCUCAUUAAUGUUGUGAUAUUUAGAACAAUGUUUGUAACGCAAGUUUUCUUGACGUCACUGAAUUACCUGUAUUUUGACGUCACGAUAAUUCAUGCUACUAAAAAACUGACUGCUUUACGUAAUAUGAAACGAUGCAGUUAUAUUGUGUAAAAAGUGAAUAUCGUCAAAAUGGAAUUUAUUAAAAUGUUGAUUAUGAA